CCUUCAAUUGAAACUUUCCUGAAGCACUAUUUCAUUCAAUUGUAACCAACAUCAGAUCUAGUGAAUCUGAUUGUGAAACAGGACAGCCAUCUUUGUAGAAUUUUCUUCACAUUUACUAAAAUGCAUAUUUUUGCGGCAGCCAUUUUUUUCCAGAGAAGUCACAAAGAUUCCUGGAGGAUCUUAUGAAGAAUUUGAGAAAUUAAGGUCAUGAAAAAUAUGAACCGUUAUAAAUGGUUGGUUUUGACUCAGAAGCUUCGUGUAUGCAGAAGAUCUUAGAUUGCUUUGAUUUUAUUAGCAUCAUUUUGAGACCAAGCCUGCAUACAAAACAACAAAUUAAUGAUGUGAUGAGGAGGAAAUGAAAGUUUUGAGCUGAACUAGCCAGUUUGGGGUCACAAGGGAUAGAAGGCAGGGGACAAGAGAACGUCUCACAAUCGGAAGGAUUAAGACAACUUUCGCAAGGUACAGUGGGCAACUAUCACCAAGUCAAAAUCAACUAUGCUUGACUAUUAAACUUAAAUCUAAUGCAAAAAUGUUUCAACAGAGUACUAAUUUAAGAGUUUAUCCACUGUUAUUGCACCUCUGUGAUUUUUCCAUUUUAAAAAAUUGUAUUUAAUUUUCUAUUAAGAAACUUUGUGACUUACCUUUGUUGUGGAGGGUUCUGAUAUGAUCAGACAGAGAUUUAAAGAGGAGUGUCAAAAACAAAUGAGGUGGAUUAGCAGUGCUUGCCAACAACUAUCAUCCAGGAUAUGCUGCUGCGGCAUAUUGUCUCUGCUGCCCGGAAAUUAGGGUAUAAGCGUGACUGUCAAUCAGCAACAGAGUCUUCAGUCAGAGGGUUCUUAAGACUCCCUGCAAGACUGACUACAUACCUGCCUUCUUCAUCACUAACCAACUCUGAAAAUACUUGGAUGGGAUGAGAUACUACAUUUACUUUUCCUUCGGGAUAAAUGAAGUAUCUUUGAACUGAACUGAGUUUAAUUAAAACUGAUGAGUCAACCAUCUUCAUCAGGAUCGCGAGGAUCACAGCCUGGAAAUAACAUUUCUAUUUCACGUCCUUGGUUACGCCCACAUAUCCGAAGGAUUCCCUUUCAAAGUCUGCUACAGCCUCGCUGGCAGGUGAAUUUAGUAGCCUGCUUCUGUGAAACAGUGGAAACCAGGGCAGCCCAGCAGGCAGGAGGAACUCCUCCCCUCACUCUGCGAUCUGUUACCUCCCCCUCCUUUGGAAGCACCAGCAGCAGCAGCAGAGGAGCUGCCGUGCCUUUGACGGAGCAGAUACAGUAAGCCGGAGUCAGAGCUACACCCCACAUAGCCAUGGCAGACAACGCCGGCUUGGAAAACCACCGCAUCAAGAGCUUUAAAAACAAGGGGCGCGAUGUCGAGACUAUGAGAAGACAUCGAAAUGAGGUGACGGUUGAGUUGAGAAAGAAUAAACGAGACGAACAUUUACUGAAGAAGAGAAAUGUCCCACAGGAGGAGAGUCUGGAGGACUCUGAUGUGGAUUCAGACUUUAAAGGGCAAAAUGUUACACUUGAUGCAAUCUUACAGAACGCAACCAGUGACAAUGCUGUUAUACAGCUCAGUGCAGUGCAAGCAGCCAGAAAACUUCUCUCCAGUGACAGAAACCCUCCUAUUGAUGACUUGAUAAAGUCUGGGAUCCUGCCCAUUUUAGUCAAAUGCCUGGAAAGGGAUGACAAUCCUUCACUUCAGUUCGAGGCAGCUUGGGCUCUGACCAACAUCGCCUCUGGGACGUCAGCACAGACUCAGGCUGUGGUUAAAUCAAACGCAGUGCCCCUGUUCCUGCGGCUGCUACACUCUCCUCACCAGAACGUCUGUGAACAGGCCGUAUGGGCUUUAGGAAACAUCAUAGGCGAUGGUCCACAGUGCAGGGAUUAUGUCAUCUCCCUGGGCGUAGUGAAGCCUCUGCUUUCUUUCAUCAACCCAUCUAUCCCCAUCACCUUCCUCCGCAAUGUCACCUGGGUCAUCGUUAACCUCUGCCGCAACAAGGAUCCGCCUCCGCCCAUGGAGACGGUGCAAGAGAUUUUGCCUGCUCUCUGUGUGCUAAUAUAUCACACUGAUAUAAAUAUACUCGUAGACACAGUGUGGGCUCUGUCCUAUCUGACGGACGGAGGAAACGAACAAAUCCAGAUGGUCAUUGAUUCUGGAGUUGUUCCAUUUCUUGUGCCUCUCCUCAGCCAUCAGGAGGUGAAAGUUCAGACUGCAGCUCUGAGGGCAGUUGGAAACAUUGUGACAGGAACAGACGAACAGACGCAGGUGGUUCUUAACUGCGACGUUCUCUCACACUUCCCCAAUCUGCUCACCCAUCCUAAAGAAAAGAUUAACAAGGAAGCUGUGUGGUUCUUGUCCAACAUCACAGCUGGGAACCAGCAGCAGGUCCAGGCAGUUAUCGAGGCCGGGCUAAUUCCUAUGAUCAUCCACCAACUGGCCAAGGGCGACUUUGGCACUCAGAAGGAAGCAGCAUGGGCUAUCAGCAACCUCACCAUCAGUGGGAGGAAAGACCAGGUGGAGUUCUUAGUGGAGCAGAAUGUCAUCCCUCCCUUCUGUAACCUGCUGUCAGUGAAGGACUCUCAGGUGGUGCAGGUUGUCCUGGACGGCCUCAAGAACAUCCUCAUCAUGGCUGGAGACGAAGCCAGCACCAUUGCUGAAAUCAUAGAGGAGUGUGGAGGUUUGGAGAAAAUAGAAAACUUGCAGCAGCAUGAGAAUGAAGAUAUCUACAAAUUAGCCUUUGAGAUCAUUGAUCAGUACUUUUCAGGGGACGAUAUUGAUGAAGACCCUAGCUUGAUCCCUGAAACCACUCAAGGAGGAACCUUCAACUUUGACCCUUCAUCCAACAUGCAAACAAAGGAGUUCAAUUUCUAAAAAAGCCAGGAUGUUUGGUUCCACUAGUUGCAGGGGCGUCCUGUAAUUACCGCAGACAUUCAUCCAUCUCUCCCAACAAUCUGGCAACCCGGUACAGAAGGAUUUUAAAACACCAAUCUCGCCACUAAAGGAUUUAAAUCACAGCCACUUCUGCACUGUGGGAGCUUUUUCUUUGUCUUGUUUUUUAUUUUAAUUUUUUUAUUUUAGUUCCUUCUAGUGCAACUCUUCAUACUAGUUGUUCAGCUGGCAACCUGCAUGAGGAGAACUGUCAGUGCUGCCAGUGCUUCUAUCACUCAAAAGUAAAACCAGAAGGAGGGGGAAAAAAAGCCUUCUUGGCAAGAUCCAAAUGUCAAGUCUUCACGACAGAAACACAAGCACAUUUUCAGAUCUAACCGCUCGCACACACUCUCACAUUUAUAUAUAAAUGUAUAGAAAUACAUAUAUGUAUACACACUUUCUGACACUUGGGAUUUGUGUGCAUACUUCUGUUAAAGGCCGUCAUAUCAAAUCUGGGGAAGAAAUACUGCUGUUGGUUUGUGGUUUUAUUUUUUUUUGUGCUUUCCCUCCCGUGGAUCGUCCUCCGCUGUAACUUCACCUCUGCGCGCGCACACAUACACACAGAGAGCGAGAGAAACACACCAUUGUACACACUUGGUCACAAUAUUUCCUGAUGAACAGGCACACCCCUCUGUCACCCGUUUUAAAGAGAUAAUCCCCGAGCUAAGCCAUGAUUACCACGGACCCCCUCCGCUCCGCCCACCCAGGAGGUGGAGGUGUGAAAGGGCUCAAAGGUAAAAACAAUAGAGGAAUCCGUGGCAAACUGACUGACGGGACUCCUGACUCAACUUUCAAUUUUUUUUAUUUUAUUUUAUUUUUUUGUUUGGUGUGACCUCUGUCGAAAUAUUAGACUCUUUUAAAGGAAUUCAUCAAAUGUGAAGAAAAUGCCAUAUUUUUUUUUCUCUCAACACAAAACAGCUAACGUCCCUCUACAGAUUCAGAAGAACAGCAACUUUCUUUUUUUUUUUUUUUUUUGUCGUCAAAAUAUGUAAAUUUCUGUCACCAGGCGGACGAUGAAGGCACAGAGAUUUUCAAACAGAGGGACUGCACCAGCCGUACCAUUCACCCCGCCCUGCAAGCUGUUUUCCUCUGGACUCCCCUGUAAUGUGAAAACUCAGAUAAGGGGGCGGGGUUUGAAAAAAACAAAACAACAACAAAAAAAAAAAAAAACUUCAAACUGAAAUCAAACCAUAAGGUUUUUUUUAGCUUUUUUUUUUUUUUUUUUUUUAAGAAAUUCUCAUUUUGAAUGGAUAUUAAUUUUGCAUUUCAGCCUGGUCUGGUAUAAUCUGUGGAAAAUUUUUUAUUUUUUAUUAGUUUUAUUUUCCUCCAGUCUUAUGCACACAAUUGAGGCACAGUGACGUCUGCCUGCAGAAAGGGACCUAUGCUCAUUGAGGACUAGCCUCAUACAGAGUGCAGGUCCUGAUCUUUAUAGUACUUAACUGCUUUUUGAUUAAGAGGUCACAUGUCAUCACUCGAUUUGAAUAAUUGUAAAAAAAAAAAAAAACGACAAACAAAUGUGAUGUGUAUCUCUCCUUACCGUCUAACAAAUAUAUGAAUAUAUUUACAUAAAGCCUGUACAAAGCUGCUGCAGCUGACGGUCAUUGGAUGGUUGAUAACUAUCCCACAUGGCUGGGGAGGGUUUUUGUUUAGUUUCUUGGAAGCAAUAUUUUCUUUCUUUUUUUUUUUUUUUGACUUGCAAAUGUAUUGUGAUGACAUGCUGAUAAAUUGGAGUAGGGCGGGUUUUUUGGUUUGUUUUGUUUUCACCUCUUAUUGCGGUGACAGCUGUUUUUGAAAACGUACCGUCCCACGAUCCAGUUGGUGUGUAGAUCCGGGGCCGAGGCGACUAAAUUUAAGUCGGACCCCGAACCUCAGUCUUGUAGAUGAAUCCGCUGGUUGGCUGCUAACUUUUCAGAUUAUUGGGGUGGGCGUACAGAGCAGCGAUUGGAUCACAGUGGGGGGCUUUAAAUAUCUGGUAGGGCUGUUGAAAGCAGCCUGGAAUUUUUUUUUCUUCUUUUUUUUUUUUUGGGAUUAGCUAAUAUUACUGAACAAAACUAUUGAGAGGGUGUACAGUCAUGAACUAGCAGACUAGACCGAGCCACUUUAAAGAUUUACAAUUUUGUUGUCUUGCAUCCAAAUUGGAUGCAAGCUUAUGUUUGCAAGAUUUUUACUUGCUAAUAAAAAGCUGUUUUAAGUGAAAUAAUAGGAGAAAAAGAAGCAACAGACAGCGUUUUGGCCUCUGAUUGUUUGUAUCUUUUUAUAAAUUUUAGAUUGAACUCUUCUCUUUAAGGUGGCUCAUUGAUGCUUUCAACUCUUGUGCAUAUUAAAGACAAUAAUGAGUUGAGAAAUCAUUGUGCCUUUUGUUUUAUUUUUAGUUUUUUUUUAUUUCAACUGCGAAUAGAUUUUUCUGAACAAAUGGAGCAACUGGAGAAUCUUCACACGGGGGUAAAUUUGUCGUCUCCCUACUGUUGGAGUUUGCCAUGAGGAAUGGUCAGUGCUGCUCUCCGCUGUCAAAAACAACUGUUUCUUUCUGAUCUUUUACCCACCGAACAAUGUACGACACCAUUCCUUCCAACCCUGACUCCACAAACCUCACUGGUUUGCCAUAAUUUCAGUCAACAGACCGUGGUUUCCUUUCCUAUCUCACCCUCAGGACGUCGUCUGUGUUUCUGAUUCUAACCAAAAUAAACUUGCUGUUUAGCUGUU